AUGUCGGCCAACGACUCCGACUCGAGCAGCAUCGGCGAGGCCAUCAAAGACAUACACGAAAUCAACGAAGACACGAAAGAGGAUGUCAGCUCAUGGGUCAAGAAUGCAAAGUCGCUACAGGAAGAUAUAGUGCGCUCAAAGGUGAUUGCGAACGACAUCAUACGCCAGUCGGAGACGCCAGAUGUGUCGGGCAAGGCGAUCGAGGAUGCGGAGGCGAAGCUUGACUUUUAG